AAUGAAAAGAAGCUGAUACACUUCUCUCUAUCUCCACAUUAUAGAGAGAGGGUCUCUCCUGACCUUUUCCUAAUAUUCAUGUGCUUCUGUUUUGCCUCGAGGACCCUAUAUUCUCUCUGCCGGCGAUCUCACCUCUCUGACACUCGUGGCCGUGUGGUACACUCUUCCGGCAAGUGGGUUCUUUUCUCUUUGUCUUAUUGGUUUCAUUUCUGCUGAAAAGUUUUGAUCUUUGGUGUUGGGUUUUAUGUAAAGUUGGAAUCUUUGGUUGUGAUGGAGUCAAGGGCUUUGUGGGUUUGUUCAUGUGGAGAAAUUGAUUGAUUUGGUUUGGCUUCAAUGGAUUUCUGGGGUGGAAGUUAUCAGAAACUUUGUGGGGUUGUGUUGUUGAGUGAGUUUGAUUGAGUUUUAGUGAGCUGGGGGUGGUUGUUGUUCAAUUGGGGAUAGUUUUAUUUGGUGGAGUUUGAGUAUAGGUGUUGGAGAGUUUGUGGGUUUUGAGGGGAGUUGUGAUUUAUGGAGGCUUUUGGAGGCAAGCCUCGGAGUUUGUAUGGUCCUGUGGUGCCGGAUAUGGAGGCAGUUGGGAAGAGGAGUUUGGAGUGGGAUUUGAAUGAUUGGAGAUGGGAUGGCCAUGUUUUUACUGCCACUCCUUUGAAUUCUGUGCCCUCUGAUUGUAGGAGUAGGCAGUUGUUUCCGAUUGGGCCGGAGACUCCAUCCAAUGCUGGUUGGUCUAACAGUAGUUCUUCUGGUUCGGAUGAGAUUGGUCUGGGGAAUGAGAAAGGUAAAAGAGAAUUGGAGAAGAGGAGAAGGGGUGUGAUUGUAGAAAACGAAGAGGUUGAUGAUGAAGCUGGGUCUCUUAAUCUCAAGCUUGGUGGGCAAGUUUACCCAAUUUUGGAAGAGGAUGUUAAGACUGGGAAGAAGAUGAAGACAAAGAUUGUUGGGACUACUUCCAACCGUGCAGUUUGCCAGGUGGAGGACUGCAAGGCUGAUCUUAGCCAUGCCAAGGAUUACCACCGACGGCAUAAGGUCUGUCAUAUGCAUGCCAGGGCAACCAGAGCUAUGGUGGGGAAUAUUUUGCAGCGGUUUUGUCAACAGUGUAGCAGGUUUCAUGUUCUUCAAGAGUUUGAUGAAGGGAAGAGAAGUUGUCGUAAACGUUUGGCUGGCCAUAAUAGGAGGAGAAGAAAAACACAUCCUGACACUGUUGUUAAUGGAGGCUCCAUGAAUGAUGAAAGAGGAAGCAGUUAUAUAUUGGUUACUUUGCUGAGAAUACUCUCCAAUAUGCAAUCUAAUAGCUCUGAUCAAACAAAGGAUCAGGAUCUGCUUUCUCAUCUGUUGAAGAACCUAGACAAUAAUAAUGGUACUACUGAUGGAAGGAACGUAUCUGCAUUGCUGCAGGGAUCUCAAGUUUUACUUAAUGGUGGGGCGUCUGUUCAGACUGUUCAGAAGGUGCCACAUUUGGACUUCAAUGGUAGCGAGCCCGGUAGGCCAUCUGUUUCAACCUCUAAGAUGGAUGAUUGUAUUAAUCUUGAUGGUCAUUUGAGACCUACAGGACAGUGUCCGACAGGACCUGCAUCAGAUAAGUUACUGAACAUGAUAUCUCCAGCUGGAGGUGAUCUUGGAAGUCAAGCUCUUUCUGGUGUACAGACCACCAAGUCAUUUUCCUCAAGAUACAGUCUUCCAUCUAAACCAGUUGCACAGGAGUAUGGGAGGAUCCAGUUAAAUGAGAUCGAUUUAAAUAAUACAUAUGACGAUUCACAGGAGUAUUUAGAGAACCUAGGGCGUUCUCAUUUCCCUGUAAAUCCAGGGAGCGAGUCUCAUGGAGAUCCCUUUUCAAUACAGCAUGAUUCUCAAAAGUCAAGCCCACCUCAGACAAGUGGGAAUUCAGACUCAACUGCUACUCAGUCACCAUCAAGUUCUAGUGGAGAAGCUCAGAGUUGCACGGAUCGGAUUGUUUUUAAACUAUUCGGAAAAGACCCGAGUGAUCUUCCAUUUGGUCUGCGAUCACAGAUCCUCGGCUGGCUAUCCAGCACUCCUACAGACAUUGAGAGCUACAUAAGGCCAGGCUGUAUAAUUUUGACAAUUUACCUCCGUCUAGAAAAAUCCACAUGGGAAGAGCUCUGCUAUCAUCUGGGAUCCAGUUUGGUAAAACUUCUAGAUGCUUCCAGUGAUCCUUUAUGGAGAACAGGAUGGGUGUAUACUAGGGUGCAACAUGUUGUAGCAUUUGUGUACAAUGGUCAGGUUGUCUUAGACACACCCUUACCUUUAAGAAGCCAUAAAACAUGCAGGAUCUCAUGCAUCAAACCAAUUGCUGUUUCUUUAUCUGAGGGAGCUGAAUUUGUAGUGAAAGGUUUUAAUCUUUCUAGUUCCACUACAAGGUUACUCUGUGCUCUAGAAGGGAAGUAUUUGGCCCAAGAAACUUGUCAUGAUUUGAUGGAAGGUACUGAUACAACUAGUGAGCAUGAUGAGCUACAGUGCCUCAGAUUCUCUUGCUCUAUCCCAGAUGUUACUGGCCGAGGAUUCAUUGAGGUUGAAGAUCAUGGUCUCAGUAGCAGCUUCUUUCCAUUCAUAGUUGCAGAGCAGGAAGUAUGCUCAGAGAUUUGCAUGCUGGAGGCUGCAAUAGAAGUUGCCGAUUUUGCCAAUGACUUGCAGACAGAUCCCGAAAUAAUGGAAGCCAAGAACCAGGCCAUGGACUUCAUACAUGAAUUGGGUUGGCUCCUUCAUAAAAGUCGAGUUAAAUUUAGACUUGGUCAGACAGAUCCGAAACUAGAUCUAUUUUCUUUUCAACGGUUUAGAUUACUUAUGGAGUUCUCCAUGGAACGUGAUUGGUGUGCUGUAGUGAAGAAACUCUUAGGCAUUCUGUAUGAGGGUACUGUUGACGCUGGAGAGCAUCUUUCCAUUGAGCUUGCGUUAUUGGAUAUGGGCCUCCUCCAUAGAGCUGUGCAAAGAAAUUGCAAGCCUAUGGUGGAAUUCUUGUUAAGAUUUGUCCCAGAUAAAGGUUUAGAUAAAGCAGAAUUGGAGGAGAAGCAACAAGUUGACAGGAACAUCAACAGGUUCUUAUUUAAACCGGAUGUAGUCGGUCCCAUGGGGUUGACUCCUCUUCAUGUUGCAGCCAGUACAGAUGGCUGUGAGUACGUUUUGGAUGCCUUAACUAAUGAUCCUGGAAAGGUGGGAAUUAAAGCUUGGAAAACUGCCCGAGACAGCACAGGAUUGACACCAUAUGAUUAUGCAUGCCUACGGGGCCGCUACUCAUAUCUACAUAUUGUCCAGAGAAAAAUCAGCAAAGCAGAAAGCGGCCAUGUGGUGCUUGACAUCCCUGGCACGAUUUUAGACAAGAACACCAAGCAGAAACAAAUAGACGGGCAUAAAUCAUCAAAAAUAUCCAGCUUCCACACCGAAAAGAUUGCAAUGAAAGAAAUACAGGGAGACUGCAAGUUAUGCUGCCAGAAACUGGCAUAUGGAGGAAGCACAAGGUCACUGUUGUACAGGCCAGCAAUGCUGUCAAUGUUGGCCAUUGCUGCUGUCUGUGUUUGUGUGGCCUUGCUAUUUAAGAGCUCGCCGGAAGUUGUUUUUGUGUUCCAGCCCUUCAGGUGGGAACUCUUGAAGUAUGGUCCAAGCUAAGCUAGUGCCCUAUAUUCAUUCUCGGUGACUCUGGCUCCUAGCUCAUUUCUCUCGAUUCUAUAAGCCUAUAUUGGUCUAGAUUUCAAAGGAAACUGCAGUGUCUGUAUCAAUUAUAGUUCAUGUGAAAUUGUGAAGUAUAUAGAGAAAGCUGAUAGUAAAUAGGAGUAUCGACAGAUGAACAGACAUGAAUUUAGCCCCUUUUUUUUACCCGAAGUUUUAUAUGUAAAUCUGAGCUUAUGAAAGUAACAUGAACUUCUUGCUCACC